CACACAUUCACAAAGAAGCCACACAAAUCCUAUAUUGCACCAUUCUAACAACAAAGGCAAAAGAAGGCGGUGUAGCAUAGUAAUAGCCAUGGCGAAACUCAUGUGCUUAUGUCUCAUCAUCCUCGCCAUUGCGGUGGCCGUGUCAGCCGAUGAAUGUGAGGGUGACCGACAGGACAUGAUCAAGCAGUGCGGCCAGUACACGAAAUGGCCAGCAGAGCCAAAGCUAGACCCAUCAAACGCGUGUUGUGCUGUGUGGCAGAAGGCGAACAUCCCAUGCCUUUGUGCCGGUCUCACCAAGGAGAAAGAGAAGAUAUGGUGUAUGGAGAAGGUCGGCUAUGUUGCCAAUUUCUGCAAGAAGCCAUUCCCACAUGGCUACAAGUGCGGAAGUUACACUUUCCCUCCUCUGGCGUAGUGAUGAUAUUUUAGUCGCGGGAGGAGAACCAUUGGUUUUUUACUUUCAUGUGUCUGGCCUCACAACAACUUCUCUUUCAGAUCUGUAAUUGAUGAGGUUGUGCUUAGGAUAGUUUAUGUUAAGCACCAUGUAUGAGACAAAUAAUGAAUAAAGUCUUCUCCUCAAGUAGUCUAAA